UUCACACUGACAGUUCUUCAUAAUUUGUAACUUUUUGUUGAUAGACAAACAUAAAAGAUAAACCAUUUUUGUUUCGGGCAGAAAUAAUUAAAUUAAACCAAAAAAUUGCUAACAAAAUUGCUUCUAACAUGGAAAAACUAACAGCUACUCUUCAGGCUGUUAAAGCCUUAAGAUCUAGUGUUGGCCAUUGUUUCGAGCAUCUAGCCGAUGGCAUGCGAGCUGAACAUGGAGAAGACAAUACUGAUAAAUUUAUUCGAGAAUUUCAAGAAUAUUUCAAUAAUGUAAAUGUUAACUUAAGGGAAGUGGAAUCUUUAAUAAACAGCCUUCCAACUCCAGCGGCUCCCUAUUACUUAGGAAACACAACAUUUCUUGCUCAAGAAACAACUCAGGAUCGCCAAGCUUUGUAUCCUCAACUUGUAAAUAGUUACAAAUGGAUUGAUAAAGUUCAUGAGCAUAGCUUGCUUGCAAAUAACUUACUGAAUGUUAACAAUUUGAGAAGAUCUUACAUUUCAACAUGUUCAAACAAACGUGGAAGGUUGCCACUUUCAUCCUGCAAUAAUACAGAUCCAGAGCACACCGAUAAGUUGUUAAGUGAAAUAAAUCUUAACUCUGCAACAACAAGCUACAAAGUUUGUCGACCCUUUGGAUCGAAUGCUGUUGUAAUCGUCAACAUAGCUCGGGUCUUGAAGGCUGCAAUCGUUUGUAAAGGUGUUUUAAUUGAAUGGGUCACAGUCAAAGGUGUAGAUGAGCCCUUAGAUGUCGAUGACCUAUGGGCUGAAUCAAGAUAUGAAGUAUUUAGAAAAGUCCAGGAACACACUCACUCUGCUAUGUUACACUUCUUUUCACCAACUCUUCCAGACUUGGCUGUCAAGAGUUAUAUGACAUGGUUCAACAGCUACGGCAAGUUAUUUAUCGAACCUUGCAGACGAUGUGGAAAACAUGUAAGCAAUGGACUACCACCCACCUGGAGAGACCUAAGAACAUUGGAACCAUUUCACGAAGAAUGCAGAAAUUGUUAAAAUCAUUUUGUUUUCUUCUUUUAUUUUGGUACAAGAAAAGUGCGUUGGCACUUGCUUUAAAAAUAAUAAAAAGCUUGUAUUUGUAUAUUUAA